AUGCCUUACACGCCCCCUAGCAAGUCUCCUGCCUCGUCAGCUCCCACAUCACCAGACACCAGCCGUCGCCCGUCUCUGCAGGCAUCGCCUGGUGGUUCUCGUCCGGUCCUCCCUCGCUCCGCUUCGUACUUGACCAAGCACCGGAGAACACCGUCUGCGGUGGGAGCCAGCCAUGGCCCAAUAAAUCAACCUUCGCCCGAGGCCACCGUGGCCGACCUCAAGGGCAUGCUCAAUCACAGCGUCCGGCAGUCACCUCCUCCCGUCACUGACGGCCAGACCAUGCCCAACGGCGCCGUUAUCUCACCACCCGAGUCGUCAGCAUCUAGCGACGAUGACGACCUACCACAACUUCGCGGUCGGCGCAUCGAGAACCUCAAGAAGUUGCACGACGCCAUCAGCCAGAUCCCACAACAUCGCGAGGGCUCUCCCAGCAAAACACAAGAUGUUGUUGAGUCCGGGGACUUGCUUGUUCUUCCCUCACAAGCCGAGAAGAUCGCCGACGGGGUGCAUCACAGUUUUAGCGCAAGCUCGUUGGACGACCUUGCUCAUGCCCGCAGAACUUCGCACAACAGGUCCAUGACAAUGCCAGACGUGGGCAUGUCUAAAUCCGCCGAGGCUUCAGUAACAAACUCGGAAGAGGAGGAAGAGGACGAACUCAUUCCAAGGCCUCAAAUGCUGCGUAAGAAGUCCGGCGAGCUUGUGCGUCCUGCCCUGCGACCCGCCUCUCGCCGCCGGCCGUCCAGCAUGCCCGGCACCCCUACCUUCUCCAAGGCCGUCCACUUUGACUCUCACCUCGAGCACGUCCGCCACUUCCUCCAAGUCGACCGCCCACUCGCUGUCAGUGCAGGCUCCUCGCCAGUCGACAAUUAUGAUAGUGAUACUGAGUAUCCCUUCGGCAACGAGGACAAACACGGUGCCCGAUCGCCUCCGUUCGAGUGGGAGAUGGUGAUCCACAACUUCCCCUCUGAGACGCCUGCCCGAAAGGCUCAGCCAGUACGCCUAGAGCGAGUGUGGCUUUCCAAUGACCACAAAUUCCUGAUUGGUUCGGUGGCCGUGGCCAACAUCGCCUUCCAGAAGUCCGUUAUCUGUCGAUUUACCCUGGAUUACUGGAAGACAACAUCCGAGGUCACCGGCGAGUAUGUGUCCGAGGUCACGCCCAGGACGACUGAGCAAGGACACGACAGGUUCAACUUCAGCAUCAAGUUGGCUGAUCUGGCAAACUUGGAAUCCAAGACUUUGUACUUUGCUAUCAAGUUUAUGGCCAACGGCCAGGAACAUUGGGACAACAACAAUGGUCCCAAUUUCCAGGUGGACUUCCGCAAGAAGAUGUUGCCCCAGAACGGCAAGAAGGGUGCCAUUGCCCCACGGCCCAAGUCCAUGCCUGUGGGCUUCGACGAUUUUGGUGACAGCCCCAAGGUCAACUUCGACCAGUCGAUCCACGAGUAUCUGGGCGAGCCCGGUCCUGCACUGCGGCUGAAGAGCUCGAAGUCCACUACUAACAUCCCGAGCGACAACCUGUCCAACCGGCUGUCCGCUCCGAGUGGGCAGGCCUUCUCCAACAGAUACGACUUUGGCGCGUCCCUCACAGCUGCGAUGCAGGCCGCAAAGGAUUCCAUGACCAAGCCGGACGACUUGCAAAUGAAGUCACGCCGUAAGAACCCGUCUUUGACGACAACCAACAUGGGGAGACCGCUCUCUCAGGACCAACAACCCACCGCGACGAACAAAACCUCGGCCUCUGCAAAGAGCACACUGCCGGCCGUUCCUGGCACCGGGUCUCCUGGGGCAACGAGCAUUGCGUCGUCAUCAUACGAGGAAAUUGUCAACAAAUACUGCUUUUUUGGAUCGAAGCAGUCAAGUCCACAGAUGAAGGACGGUACAUUGGGAGGCGGAAAAUUCGAUGGGGCCGAUGAUUCCCUGGCGCGUGGGCUGAACAGCAAUGGGGCCAGCAACAGCGGCAGUCCUCUUGCUUUUGGCUCGCAGCCACGCGGGCGUGGAUCUCAACGACAAUGGGCAACGUCGGAUCCAAACCCCUACUUCCAGCACUCGGCCGUGCUCCCUCCCGUGGGGGCGUCCCCCAACGUCUCACCCCUUGGCAGCACCAUUGUCCGGGCCGAUAGUGCCUCCAACGGGCAGCCACGAUCCUCGCCUUCGGUGAUGGGCCAGUCCACCGGACGAACGGCCUCGCCGGCGUCCAUGGUAGGUGGGUUCCAACCCUUCACCGGUACGUCGCCAGAUGAGUUUGCGAGUUACAUGCACGAUCGAUUUCCAUUCUCCGGUCCCGACGCUCAUUCUGCGACAGCUAUUAGGGGCAACUAG